AUGUCGCCUUCUCACCCCCAUACCGUAGGCCACCCCUCGGGCGCAACUCUGCUCGCUCCGGAGGACGACGACGACGACAUAUGCCCCGUCUGCGAGAGCGAGUGCACGUGCCAGAACAGAGCAGCGCCCAGCAGGAACGACGCAACCGUCUCUUCACUGCAUUCUAUUUCUACGUUCACUGCCUCCACCGCCGCGAGCUCUCCGGCUGCCGCAGGCGGUCUCGGGGCCCUCAAAAUACGGCUUACUGUUCCACCCAAUCUGAAAUAUCGCAAACAUACCGCUGUCGACGCCCCAAACAGCAACAUUCAUCAGUCGGCGCUCGGCGUCCACGAUCCCGCAGCGCCCAAGCGCAGAGGGCGUCCCCCGAAAGCAGUUGUUGCAGCCCGCAAAGCAGCGGAAGCAGCAUUAACAGCUCAAAACGCCUCAGGAAACGAGGUCAUACAAGGUUCGUAUGGCGGGAAAGGCUUCGCCAUAGUACAGGGUCCAUCUGGCAAGGGCAAUCAGAAAUCCAAGGGCAAGACCACGACCGGAACCAAAGCUCCGGGUUACGCGAGGGCUACGCGCAAGGCCGUUCCCCGCGGCGACCAAAGCGACGACGCAAGCUUAGACAGGUUCCCUACGUUCGUGUCUGCCGCGUCUUCAUCGACACACAGUAGCUCGUCAGAGUCAUCUGACUCUGACUCUGAGCUCUCCUCCUUGGACUCAGAGCUCGAGGAGGAGACGCAGCAUCUCAUCAGAACUGAGAAAACCAAGUUACAGAGAGGAUCUGGGAACGAUACCAUCCAAAAGCGCCGCCCUCAUAGCGGCAACUGGGAAACACGAUCCAGAAAAAGCAGUGUGGGAGUGGACGAGGAAGAUGCAGACGUGGACAGCGAUCAGAGUUGUAGCGGCGAGGAUAGCGAGGACGACGAGACCAACAGCGACCAACACCACGACGAAGAUGUGGAUGCGGACACGGAGGGCGGGGGACUGGACGACGUUGAGCCCGACAACGAGGAGACAAGCAGUCGGAUCGGCGUCACCUUUGGGGAUGGAGCAGCAGGCUGGAGCGAUGAGGACGACGAGUCCUCUUUCGAUGCCGACCUGUUUUUCGCCAAUCUGGAUGGCUCUUCCGACUCCGACUCAUCUGCCGAGAGAGACGACUUUGAUAUCUUCGGUAUGGGCUCAGAUACGUUGUCGGCGGACGAGGAUGAUGCCUUACUCCUGAUGGACAUCGACUCGUCUGUGCAGGUGCGCCGGGGCCAAGGCGAAUUCGAGUUCGGAUUUGGGCUCGAUACCCUGUCCUUCGGAUGGGACGGGCAACUGUUCCUGACGAGUUCGAGCCCGCCGAACGUGUUCAGUUGGGAGCUGCAGCACGGCAGUGGUGAUGUCGAGAUGCAUAGCACGUCAGAACAGGGAACGGAGUCUGGCGACGACGACUCGGCGACGGUCGACGAGCUUCUCCUUGCAGAGACCGACGGCGAAACGACGGAGGACGAGCUCAUCGACGACGAUGGCCUGCCCAACCCGCGGGCCAUGAUGCUCUUCCGCUGGCCGAGCACAGUCUCUGCCAUCAACCCGCUGUCCACCGUGGGCGCCGCUCCUACCGCGCCGCCGGACGCAUCCGAGAGCAUGCGCAUCGCCCUCGCGUCUUUCUCUGCACACCAAGGUUCCCCUGCGCCCACACCCGCGGACAUCCUCGCAGGGAAGAUCUCGAUAGAUGAUCUCGAGGACAUCGAGAUGGCAAAGUCGCCUGUAGAGGAGGCCCGCGCGGCGAGCAGAAGACGCUCCGGCGGCGUGCCAACGAUGGGCGAGUUUGUUCCGCCCGUGGUGGGCACCCAGAAUGCAGCGGUGAUUGAUGGGAAGGGCGGUUGUGUCCCUAGCCCGUUCCCGCGUUCGAAGGUAACAGUCAAGCGCAGCAAGGUUGCUAGUGGGACCGAGUGCGACGACUCUGCCGCUGGUGCCAUCGAACCACCCUCCGAAUCAGUUAUGUCCUCCACACAGUCAUCAGACGAGACCGCAAUGCACACGCAGCGCUCAUUGUCGCAACCCUCAACUACCGAUGCCAUCGAUCUCGAUGAUGUCCUAGAUUCAUCUUAUCUCGACUCCGAGCCAAUGUCGCAAGGCUACGACAUCCAGCCGUUCGACCAGUCCAUCUUGUCGGACAGCGCGGCGAGCGGCACACAUAUGCACAGCCUCAGCCGGUGGGACCGCAUCCCGAUGGCGACCUUCCGGCGCACGCGCGAGAUCGCGUCGAACAUGGAGGGCUCCGCGUCAGAUACCGGGCUCAGCGUGUACCAUGGCAUGCGCUCUCUGCUCGGCAGUGCGAUGCUGACGCAGCCCAAGCACAGCGAUCGCAAGUCGGGCGCGGCACGCAAGCGAUCGUCAAAGGGCAAGAGUGGACACCCACUCGCGACGAAUGAUCCCCUAUCCCUACGCGAUGGCGACCGGACGCCGACGUCGAGUGCACACCAAACACCCAAGUCAUCGAAGAAGGAAGUGCGACGAGAAAAGGCGAUGAUGAAGCGCAAGAUGAUGGCGAAGCCCGCGCCGUACCGCCACCAGCAGCAGCACACUCACCAUCACCUUCCAAAUUUCAAGUCACGCGCGUCCAGCUCAAUGCAGCGGAUGGGCAGCCAUGGGGGAUCGUCGCCCUCGUUUGGCAUGUAAAGUAACCCCAGGCACUGUGUUUGUAGGUGGUAGGUUGACGCAGGUCGCCUAGCACGCGCAUUGUAUAUCCUGUAGCCCGUCGCAGCCGCUUUCUUCCGCCUAAUUAUUUCGCUUUCAGUUUUAUCCCCGUCGUCUCUCGCUCCUUCCUGCCAUCUCCAUUUCAUACCACUCCCCACUGCCCUUGCUCCAUCUGUCCAUUUUAUGACCUUGGUUCCAAUCCUGAUGAUGUAUGUACUUGCGACGAAGCAAUGCUCUUGAUGAAUAAAUGACGUUAACUCCUCAC